GGCAGCAGAGUGGGAGCCAAGAGAUAUGCAGAAGCAGAUCUCAUUUGGGUCAUGUCAAGAGCGGAAAAUGUUCCCCCUCCACCAUGCCCCAGACAGGCUGGGAAUCCAGCUAGGAGCCAUCAGGGGAGACCCUGCGCUGGGGCCAGGCUGUUACCUGGGUCAAGAGGGGAGCAGCCUCGGAUACUCUUUGGAAAACAAACCACUGAGCAAGAAAGGCUAUGUGAUAGGAGCAAGAACAGCCCAGCGUUUCAUAUCAGAGCCACCGACUGUGACUCCUGGCCCAGCAACAUACCAGUCAUUCUGGAAGAAGGAGAGGAAAUGCCAGCCUGCCUACGCUCCGUUUUCCAUUAAGACACCACGAUUUCCAGAUAAGCCUUCAAAUAAAGAAUUUUUCCCUGGACCUGGAACUUAUGAAGUAGACAAGCAAUUACACAAAAAAAUCACUUGGCCGAUGAAGUUUGGGUCUCCAGACUGGUCUUUAGUGCUGAUGCCAGCAAAGAGGAUGCUAAAAAUGGAGCUGACCAUAGACAGAGAAUUCAGGAAACACCGGGACCGAGUGGCCUACCUGAGUUUAUACAGCAGCUGA